AUGACAUCACGAGCGUCACCUCCGCCACGUUGCGCGUCUUGUGGCGGCCAAGGGACAGCGGAAGUGCGCGUCGAGGACAACGAUGGCUGGUUCUACCACACCGUAACGUCCUCUACACCCACAGAGAAACGUAGAGCCAAGUUAUUCCACCAAGAAGCUGGUGAGCAGGAGACAAAGGAUGAAAGUGGCACUGCAUCGUUGCAACAAUAUGAUUGGAGUGGCGAGACGCGAGAAAUUGCAGGUAAUUUACAAGACAGCAUCUUGGCUAGGAUCUCAACGCUUCGAGCGCUCUGUGACGAGGGAUUUAUUACAGAGGAAGAGUAUGAACGACGAAAAGGAGCCAUUGUGGAUGAACUUACGUUCUCAGCACUGACGUCUGCAUCAAGUAGACAAGACACGAUCACGCCAAGGAGAUGCACGUCAUUUCUACGAACUAAAGGUUUGCCAUUGAUUGUGCCACAUGCUCCUGACUUUCGUGAAAUAAGUCCAGAGGUGGCAGUAAAGCAUGUGUUUAAUUAUGCUACGCGUCAGUGGAGCAGCAUGCAGGUGUGCAUCAAUCUGGAUGAAACGCCGUUUAGCAAAGGAAGUCUUCGGAUAGUGUACCAUUUGCAAGAUUUGAGCACGGAGAGCUCUGGUGGCUUGUCGAAUGAUGGCUUCUAUACAGGCAGCUAUGUGGCAAAACUGGCCAUCGACCCGGAUGAAGACCCACAGACGUACUUUAAGGAUAUAGAGCUGCAGGCCCAUUGCGCACAUUAUGCGCAAGUGUACAACUCAUACACACCGCCGAAACGGGUCGAGUUUAUUUCGGCCUGGGUAUUAGAACUCCCGGAACGGAAUGGCGCACUAUGUGCUGUAGAGGCCUAUAUCCCAGGCGAGUACCGCAAGCACAACAACAACUUUGGGUCCGUGAGCGAUGACGAGCGCAACACGCCACAGGCUUUUUCACACUUUACGUACGAGGCCUCAAAUCAUGAGUUGCUCGCUGUGGACAUUCAAGGCGUAGGUGAUUUGUACACAGACCCGCAGAUCCAUACGCUCAACGGACACGACUUUGGUAAAGGCAAUCUUGGGGUGUUAGGCUUUCAGAAGUUCCUCUCAUCACAUCGAUGCAACUCCAUCUGUCGCUAUCUUAAGCUUCCAGCUGUGAAUCCGAAGGCCCGUCACGCUGACUCUGGCACUCUACCAGUGCAGGAGCUGAUGAAUCGCGAUCGUGUACGACCUACGCAUUUUGACUCACGACACUAUUACGAGAACGCGCCCAUGCUGCAGAAAUACGUGACGCAGUGCCGCGAAGUGGACAGCCACUUGUCCUCCGCAUCAUCUUCUGCUUGCUCAAAGCGGUCUCGCAAGCGCCGCAGUCGUCAUGCAUCUGACUUUGCCCUCUUGUGUAAAGCGCUAUGUUGUGGAAGCUAG